AUGGCAACGUCGGCGAGGUGGUCGGCGAUCCGCCUUCUCCCCGCACUUCGGCGAGCCGAGACCAGGGCAUCGGUCGCGUCUGCGGCGUCGUUAGCAGACCUCGCGGCCUCACCGCCGGGGCUGCUGCUGCUGUUUAGAUCGCUGUCGACGGCGGCGGCGCGGGCGGGUAAAGAGGAGGCUCGCUGGAAGGAGGCGUUGGAUAAGCUCAGGAACAUCGGGAUAUCGGCUCACAUCGACUCUGGGAAGACGACCCUUACAGAACGGAUACUGUACUACACGGGUAGGAUCCAUGAGAUUCACGAGGUACGGGGGCGGGAUGGCGUUGGGGCCAAGAUGGACUCCAUGGACCUGGAGCGAGAGAAGGGCAUCACCAUCCAGUCAGCUGCCACGUACUGCGCCUGGAAUGGCUACCAGGUUCUUUCGUUAGACUUGGUGUCUCUUGUUUUCAAGUAAACAUAUUCUGUUUAUUGAUGUCACCUUUGAGCGUUGUAUUUUGUUUCAGGAAUCUAUGAAAGUGUUUUUCUCCUGUUAACUCUACUGUUCUUUAAUGAGAACAUGUGACUCUGUCUUCACUGUGGUACUUCUGAUCGAUUGCUUGAAAUUUUGUUCGGAACUACACGGCUGGAUAUUUACUUUCUUAUGCUUUUCGUGUUGUCUCUCCCGACCAUAACUCAGCCAUGUUUCCUCUAAUCGGAGAGGAAGGCCUGUAACAGUUUGUAGUUUUUAUAUCGUUCGUCUGAAUCAUAAUCGUUAGAGCGUUUAACAAAGAAGGUAGAAGCUUACUGCUUUAGCUGCUUUUACAACAGGAUAUCAUUCCACACUUAAGCCUUAAUAUUAUGAAAAAUAAAAGUGAAAACUAAAUCUACAAGUGUCACCAGUCUCUAAUUUGUCAAUUUGCUCUCAUGCCGAUUUGAAGCAGUGACAAUGGUGAACAAUUCGUUUCCAUAUAAAUUGAGGUCAAAUAAAACAAUCCCUAUUUGCGAAACGUUAUGAAGAAGUUCAUGUUUUUUAUCAUAGCUAUCACAUCUAGCUUUUAGCCAUAUUAGGUGAUAAGCUUAUUGAUAAAGCAAUACUUUCUAUUCCUUCUUAAAAAUGUUAGUGUACCUUUAUUUUGAAAAUGUAGUCGCUUCUAGACUCAGUUCGACUAAAGUUUGGAGUUGGAACAUACUCUAUUUGUCUAUCAAAAUGCGAACCUUAGCUAUAAUCACAAAUCAGGGGAUUAUGUUUAUCGAUAUCCCUUGUUCACCAACGAUUCUUCCUGAGUAAGAACACUCUUUACUAAUUGAUGUCUGUUUCAGUGUACUGUGGUUGUCUUUAAUUUUUUUAAUGUAAAGUUUUUAACAUUUUAGUAAAAACCCGUAGAUGAGCAAGGUUUAUGCCAUUUAAGCUUCCAUACAAAUGCCUUGUUUUCUAUAGUGUGCUUCAGCAGUGCCAAAUGCGAUAGUUGAAUCCUGGGCGAGCUACUGAGAUAUGAAUAGGUGUUUCUCCAUUGCCUUUUCUGAAUCAUGUCCUUAACUGUAUAUUUAUUUUGGUUACCCGGGUUGCUCUUGAUUUAUGGUGAUGGUAAGGGUUUUGUAUAUUGGCAAAAAGUAGUGUCAGCUUCUGGAAGGCAUUUAAUGAUAUGAUAAUGAUUCAUGAAAUUAAUAUUGAUAGGGUCUCGAACAGGUCCCUUCCAAGGCAGCGAACUGAAUGCACGGACAAGAGAGGGAUAGAGAGAUGAACACAGGAUGACUAAAAUAGGACGAGACCAGAACAGAAAAGGAGAAAAGGGUUUCUGAAGGAAACCCUAGGAUAGUUCAGGACAAAUUUGAGAGUAUCCCACUCUCCCGCUGACUUUCCUCCAAAAGUGUCCCCCACAGUAGGGGCCGCAGGGUUCCUUAUAUGUCCUGCUUACUAGCCCCCUUGUCCCACCUAUAGCUUACCCUUUCCUCUCCCGGCGUAAGUAACCCAGGCAGUUUGCCUGGUAAUGGGCCGAAUAGUUUUGGUCAUAACAUAUUCCAAGAGAAAUGAUAGAAAGGUUGAGGGAAAGAAGGUGGCGACUCAUGGUUUUUUAUGUUUUUUAUGUACAGGUACGAUUUUUAACUGUUCAAAAACGUGUUAAUGAAGUAGAUAUCUGUGUUAUACAGAUCCCUGCUCAUCCUAGGACUUACUUGGGAAUGGUCCUCCUAUUUCGUCCUCUUCUCCUACUUCUACUGUUUUUACUUUCUCCUGUUAUCUAGAAGCGAACUUGUCUAUGUUGUCCAGCACAAGAGUGUAUUUUUAUUCUAGAUCACUGGAAGGACUAGUGAUAAAAUACCCUGGUCUAUGCUGUUAACAUAACGCCAGAGAAAGAUCAUGUAAUUAGGAUGCUGAUACUUUUUCUUGUCCUGGUGCAAAUCUGUGUUUUUUUAGGAUAUUCAUUGCAUGCCCCAAAAAUAUAGGUAGUACGUGCUGCCUAGGCAAGUGUUCUCACUCAUUUUUCAACAAUUGCUUUUCACAGAUGAGUGGCAGUUGCUUUGCACCAUUUGCAUUAAUUUUUUUAAAAUAUUUAAUCAGUACAUAUUUUUAAUGAUUUUUAUCAAUUAUAUCCUUCACUGAGCGUUCUUCUGGAUCAAGGAAAGAAAGGGAGGGCCACCAAAAUGAUAGUCCUUUGAAGGAAGGUGCAUCACACAUCUGGGCAGGCCAUUGGAGUAGCCCAAAUAAUGGCAUUUUUGUGUCGAUUGGAAUAUUUCCCUACAUGGAAUGGCUCAAUUCUGUCCUCAUGAAAGACUUCCCAUUUUGGUGUUGUUGUCGAAAACGUUCUUCAUGUUCUAUAGAAUUCAACGAAUUGGAUUUGACAAGUAAACCAGUUUCCUUUGCUCCACUUUUCGUCAGCUUCAUGCAGUCCUGCUUGUUGAUCUUUUUGGUUGCUUGCUACCCCAAUGUAUGUGAAGUGAGAAGUUCCACAACGAUUCCCCAUCUUGUCAGAAGAAUAAUAGCUGACCAUGACUUGUUUUGCAUCUAUUUUUAAUGCUGGUGUGUCGGCUGUUUUUGUUACUUCACCUUUAUUCUCCAUGAUGAGCUGCGAUGUUUUAUGGUGGAUCUACACUUUAACUGAACUAUCUUUCUUUAUGUUUUCACUAGCGUCCAAUAAAAGAAAUUGAUAUCAAUAUUUAUUCCUAAACUAGUUAGUCCUUUUCUGCCAAUAAAAUGUGAGUUUCGCAUUAAUUUGGCGUGUUGGCGGUAGUCCCAUAUCAGAUGGUUCAAAAGCACCUGCCUGGACCUGAAUGGUGCCAUAGAAAUGGGGGAGUAUGACAGUUAAACAUCGUACCUAGAGAUCUAUGACACGUUUUUGAACCCAAAUAUAUCCUUAAAUAAUCCAAUGUCCCCGCUCAACCUAUUUAUUUGAUUCCAUUGAUUGGUUCCAACACCCCUAAAGAAAUCCCAGAAGAUCAUUCCCCCGUCUUUCUUUUUUCUGCAAUAUUUAAUUCUUGGGUACGCUAUGGAUUCGUCAUUCUUGAACACUCUCAUAUGAUAAUUCAGAUCAAGGAAAAUACAUACAUACUGUUAAUGUUGUGCAUUCUUUGAUAGAGGAAGUUUUUUAAGUAACAUUUUGAAAAAUGAUGUGGCAUUGUUUCCUAAUUCUUUUGUCAAUUGUGUUGCUAAAGGCAUCUUAAGUACUUCUGGUUCAUUGCAGGUCAAUAUAAUUGAUACACCAGGUCAUGUGGAUUUCACGAUUGAAGUUGAAAGAGCACUUCGUGUUCUUGAUGGUGCAAUUCUCGUCCUUUGUAGUGUUGGAGGAGUACAAAGCCAGUCCAUUACUGUUGAUCGUCAAAUGAGACGAUAUGAAGUCCCUCGUGUGGGUUUUAUUAACAAACUUGACCGAAUGGGAGCUGAUCCUUGGAAAGUUCUUAGUCAGGUCCUUAUGUGACGAUCUAUGAAAAUUUUGAGUUUGUAAUUUAUCAUAUCUUUUUGAUCUUGUCAUAAAUUUUCUGUGAUAACUGCAUAACUGAUGUUUCUGGUCUUUCACAUGAUACAUUGCAUAAAUAGCUCUUCAUGUGAGAGAUCAACUAAAAUAUUUUAUGAUUAUAGGAUAACUUAGAAGUCUGAUCUGGCUUAUUGUAGUGUUCUGAAUCGUAGGCUAGAAGUUACCUUUCGUCUGUUUUGGCUAUUGUAUAUUUUGAGUAUCUUCGAAUUGGGUUUGUAUAUUCUUCAUAUAUUUUGUGAUUAGAAUUUGUGAAUUCUAGCUUGUGGUGAUGGUACAGUACCUUUUUCGCUAAUUGUUUUGUAUGACUUGAUAGUAUCAUAGCUGACUAUUUCGUAUUUUUUUAGCUUUGUGAAUAAUGAUCAACAAUGGGUACAAGGAUCAACUGCGAUGGAAAAAUGCUAAUGAUGGAGUUAUUUAUGAUAUUUUCAGGCAAGAUCUAAGCUCAGACAUCACAGUGCUGCAGUGCAAGUCCCAAUUGGAUUGGAGGAAGAUUUUCAGGGUCUCAUUGACCUUGUCCAGUUGAAAGCUUAUUAUUUUCAGGGUUCCAGCGGGUUUGUACCAAUCUGUUUGUCACGAUUUCCUUGUUGUGAACUCUAAGAACGUACUCAAACAAAUUUUAUUUUGAUUUAUGUCAGUGAAAACGUUGUCACUGCUGAUGUUCCUCUUAAUAUGGAGGCUAUUGUAGCAGAAAAACGUCACGAGCUGAUUGAAACUGUGUCAGAAGUUGAUGACAAACUUGCAGAAUUUUUUCUUAGUGAUGAGCCUGUAUCUUCCAGUGACCUUGAUGUAAGUCCAUUAAAAUAUGAUCUUUAAAAGCUUCUGCUUCUCUUGCUGCGAAGUGUUGUGUGAUGAUCGAGAGUAUUUCUACAUUUUAAUUUCUUUAUGUUGUACCAUGAAUCUGGACCUUUAUUUUUCCUGACAUGAUUAUUACACUAAUGGAACCUUGUACUUCUUAAACUUGACUUACCUUUCUUGAUAUGGGGAAUCUCUUGUUGUCCAUGGAGUGCUUUUUCUCUGCUUCAUCUGAUUUCUGACUCUGUGGUGGUUAUGCUGAUGGACUUUCGGAUUUUUUGUCUCGAAGUGUGUAACGCUUAUUAUUAUGAUUCUUGGUCAAAAUCAUAGCAUAUUAUUAUGAUCCCAGUGAUAUUUUUUGAAAAGUCAAAAAACACCAUAUAAUCACUAAUUAUUAAAAAGAAUGGAGAUACUUGAACAUGCAUUCGCAUGUACCCUCAGGGUUUCUAUUCAACAAUUAGAGACAAUGCCAAGAUGGCAUGUGCUCAUUCUUAUUCAAAAUGACUAUUUCCUUGUUUUUUUUCUUCUGAUUUUCGGUGACUGGGGAGAUCGUCAGCGUUCUUAGUUCCUAGGGGAUGUAAGCUGAGAGUAGCUUAGGUUGAGUGCCUUUUUUGAAAACUAAACAAUAAAUUUAAGCACGAAAUAGAUGUGUAAAUUUGUUUACGCAACUUGUUGAAGUGAAUGAAGAAUUAGAUGUGUAUGUACAGUUAUUUAUUACUAUUUAAUACUUAAUUAUCAAAUAAAGUUUAAUGCAUGAACACCUGUUCAUGAUUGCCCUUUGCCAAGUUAUGGGUCUUUGUGAACAGGAACUCAGUUAUUUUUGAACAGAGACGAACAUGAAAAACUAUUUGUAAACUGUUAUUCUAUGAAGUAAUGUUUUCCAAAUGUUAGUUUCUUCAUUUUUAUAAUUAUUUGCGGAUAUUCUCAAUAGAAAAUCCACAUCUGGUCGUUUGUGAAACUUCUUGCAUUAUUUGAUGAAUUUAAAUCAUGCGAAUGUUCUUUGUCGGUUAACUGGUAUUCUCGGCUUGUCCUGAAGCUUUCUUUAAGCUUGUAAUGAGAAGAGAUGGAUGUUUUUUAUUAUUUUCUACAAGUGGCUCCAUUAUUGUUCUUUCUCAGACAGACACUUUUUUCAUUUAAGUGAAUCACGAAUCUCAAGAAUCCUGCGUGAAAAAUGAAUACUUUUUCUUAGAUGUAGGGUACCCUAUAGAACAUUAACUUUCUCAGGUUAGUUGUGAGGGUUGUGAGCUGACUAUUUUUUAUUACUUGCUUUUGGACUUCACUGCAUGCAAAGUUACUGUAUAUUGGAAUAACCUUCAUACGGUGUGGGCAGAAAGGAUGGUUCUCGACCAUGUGCCUUAUCUAGAGCUUACAAGUACUUUUGAGCACGAUAGUGUAGCUUUGAAAUUAGGGGUGCCAAUGGGCCGAAAUAAUUUGGUGGUUCGAUCUGGCUCAUUUUUUCGGUCGUUUGGGCGGAAUAUCAAAAUGGUAAUGAGUUGGCAUGGCAUAGCCUAGUGGUGUGAAAGGGCACUGACCCUUGAUGGUAAAAAUAAGCAGUGUUCUGCACUAAAAUUUCGCUGCCGUCUGAGGAAUUGAUGGAUAUUUAGAGGUGCUGGCAUGCCCUAAUAUAUAUGAGCAUCAUCUAAUAUUGAGUGAUGGGGGUGCCAACAUUGCCCUUUGGGACAUGUUGUUCGGUGUGUGUAGCACAAAAAAGACAUGGACCACAUGAAAGUUAGCAUAUAAGAUGGGUUUUGUUCUUUCCCUUCUUUGUAAAAGUUUGGUGUCUCAUUUGAGUGCAUUCAUGACAUAUAAGUAGAGUUGCCUGUAUUUGUUUGUUGUAAAAAAUGGAUAUUGGAAGUCUAAUUAGGCCCGAAUGAAGAGGUAAUUGUCAUAUCUGAUUGGUUUUUCCAAAUCUGCUAUUAUCAGGAACAGCAGAAGGAAAUUGUGUUGGGAAUCGCAAGAUCACCUAGGAUAGGUCAAUUUUUGGUAAUAACUAUCAGGAUGCCAUCCAGAUGAGGGUAGAUCAAGUCAAAAUAUGUGCAUGUAAUUCUCAGUCUAGCUUUGUCACUAAAUCGAUUCUUCCCAGUCUCGAUAUCUUAUUUAUGGUGCAUUCCCUGCUUAUUAUUCUCUUCUUAGUUCUUUAGGGAUUUCCUUAAAACACAAUCGUCUUCUCGGUUGUGAAAACUACAUGCGGUCUUGGAUCCCAACUGAAAUUCUUUCCCCGUCGUAUGAGCAUAUUGGUACUUCUCGUUUUGAUGUUUAAAUUUUUUUCAAGCAGAUGGCAAUCCGCAGGGCGACAAUAUCUCGAAAGUUCGUGCCUGUUUUCAUGGGAAGUGCAUUCAAGAACAAGGUACUCACUUUACUCUGGAAACCGUAGAUUCCUCUCUUGGCACUUCUGAUAUAGGGAAUCAGUCUUUGAAGAAUUGUUUGGUGACGUCAAACAAUCUGUGUCUUUUCUGCUCUCUUCUCUCUUUGUAAAUCACCAAUCUGUGUGGGUGAUGAACCUAUGAAGUUAAUUUUAAGUAAACCAUACUAUUAUUGACUGGAGAGACUUGGUAUUAUGAGGACAGUCUUGCAACCAGUCUAUGAGUUGUGUUCAAUCUACAUAUAAAUGCAUGGAGUGCUACCUAUUUCCAUUCUAGAUAUGUUUCAUUCUUCUUUCUUUGUCGAGUUUUGUUUGUAGGGUGUCCAGCCUCUUCUGGAUGGAGUUAUUAGAUACCUGCCUUGUCCAACUGAAGUUGAAAACUAUGCACUUGACCAAACAAAGAAUGAAGAAAAGGUACCUCGGACUACAGAUUACUGUCAAAUUCUUCUUCAUAUUUUUGUCAUUAUGUUCUAAAAGAUGUGGGAGUCACUCCUCUAGGUUCUGUUAUCUGGAUCUCCAGCUGGACCUCUUGUUGCUUUGGCUUUCAAGUUGGAAGAAGGGCGUUUUGGCCAGUUGACUUAUUUAAGGUUCUAUUUUCUGCAAUUUAACUUCUUGUAACUUUACUUUGCGUUCUCUUUUAUCAUGUUAAAUUAUAUUUUCUGCUUGAAGACAAUGCUAAUUUUCUCUCCCUUUCUGAAGAAUAUAUGAAGGUAUCAUUCGGAAAGGUGACUUCAUAAUCAACGUAAAUACAGGGAAGAAGAUCAAAGUAAGAAUAUAACUUCUUUCUUGUGCCCUCGGCAUUUACAUAAAUGAUUUCUUCUCGUCAUGAAUUUCCAAUUUUAACAGCCAAAUCGGCACUAAUAACUGGAGUAGAAAAAUUGACCCCCGUGGAAACGAACUGAGAAGGCAAGGCAUUAUCCUGGUUCAAAUGUAUGACUGAAUGAGAUUCUUUUAAGUGUUGAGAGGAUCUUUGUUAUCAGGUCUUGGAAAAAUUCAACAACAAUCAGUCACGAUUCUUGUACCUACGGUUCUUGGAGAUCAAACUUUAUGGCUCUUUUGCAUGGCUUCAGUUUUUCCGAAAAUAUUUAUAGAUUUCAUUCAACCUUUCCCAGCAUCGCAUGUCGUGAGGUUCUAGAUAGCCUGGUUUCUUUAGGCAUGGUAAUUUGCAUCCUUUUCCACGAGGGAUAGAUGAGUGAAUUCAUGGUAUCACCACUAAUUAUUAUUCGCGAAUUUAUCUUGCUGAAGUCGAAGUUUUCAUAAAGUUUUUCUGGCAGGAUACUAUUGUUUUUUUAAAAAAUGAUUUCUUGUUCAGGUUUUCAGAAUCAUUUUCUCUUUGAGGGAUGAUUCACAAGUCAUUGAUAAUCCCCUGCAUUCAUCUUUGGUUGGGUACGGAAAUCUUAGGUUUCUUCUAUGACAAAAUACCAGACGAUUUGCACAGGUGCUAAUAUCAGUCUUUUUCUCACUCAUUUAUACACAUAAAGUUAGUGUAAAAUAGACAGAUUCUCACUCAAUAAAUACAAAUAGUAGAAUCUACUUGGGUUUACUAGGUUUUGUAGGGGAAUCAAUCAGGAUUAGGCCUAACAUGUGGGGGUGAAAUAUGUAUUAUACUGUUCCUGUCUGCAAGUUAUGACCCUGAUUUGUUGUUACAUCCUCCUUUGUAGUUUUUCUUAUUUGUAUGCUGCUUAUUAUUCGAACUUUGUUCAUCCUCUGCAACUUCUGUGAACCCUUGUUUCAAACCUCUGGAAACCCGUAACCAUUCAUGACUUUAGCGCUUGUAUUCAAAUAUUGUACUUCUGUACAAUUAUGCUGAUGAGUUUUUUUGCCUUUUUCAUGCACUGUCCACAGUAUCUUUUUUAUUUUCAUCAUUGGGGGUCACAUGCUUAGGAUGCAACUUUAUGAUUUUUUUUUUCUAAAUACUAUUAUUUGCUUCAUCCUCGUAAAAUGCUUAGUUAAGAUCAUGCAUAAUAAGCGUAAUUUAUUGACAUAACCUGAUGGUUAUAUCUGCUUUUAUCUUCGAAAUUAGUUCUUGUUCCCUGAGAUAUCAAUUAUGGUUAUUCUCCUGCUUAAGCUUGUUUUUGAUUGUUGAACGUUUUGAUAUUGAGUACUACAUACGUUUUCAUCAAGUUUUUGGGGACAGAAGAUCAAGUCUUUUGUUUAAUACGUAAGGAAGGUUAUUUUAAUGCGCUUACUGGAUUCUUAUACUUCAAAUUUCAGGUUCCCCGUCUAGUUCGAAUGCAUUCUGAUGAGAUGGAGGUUAGAAUGCAUAGUAGCAUCCUUAGAAACUCUCCUCCGUUUCUAUUAUAUCCUUUUUUUACAUUUAAGUUCACUGUUUAAUUUACUUUGUGUUGUGUUAGAGUAUUCAAUAUUACGUUUUUAUGAUAAUUUGAAAUGCCCACACCACAGGACAUUCAAGAGGCUUAUGCAGGACAAAUUGUUGCAGUGUUUGGGGUAGAUUGUGCAUCAGGUGAUUUCUUCUCAGGCAUUUUUUGCUGAAGAGAUUUGUCUUCCAUGGUUAUAACUUGUUCUUUCUUUACUGCAUUUUUAAGUCUGUAUUAAAUAUGAAUUGGCAGGCGAUACCUUCACUGAUGGGUCUGUCAAAUACACUAUGACAUCUAUGAAUGUUCCUGAGCCAGUGAUGUCUUUGGCUGUUUCACCCGUGUCUAAAGACUCUGGGGGACAAGUAAAUUGUCAAGUCAUCCAAAUUUUCAUGGCUGUUUAUUGUGCAGAGUAAUGCAACUAACUGUCAUUCCUGUUCCAUAUCUCAGUUUUCAAAAGCUUUGAACCGCUUUCAGAAAGAGGACCCAACAUUCCGAGUUGGCUUGGAUGCUGAGAGUGGACAGGUAUUCGAUUUUUCAGUAAGUCUAUUGUAUUUUGUACCAGUGAAGAGCAAUGCCUUAAUAUAUUAAUUUACAGACGAUAAUUUCGGGAAUGGGAGAGUUGCAUUUGGACAUUUACGUCGAACGCAUUCGCAGGGAAUAUAAGGUAGAGAGGUUUUCUUGUUUGAUCCGAUUAAAAUUACUGAAAUGGAGGCCUUAUCUAAAUGUCAGUAUUUCCUAGGUUGAUGCAGCUGUUGGAAAACCUCGUGUGAACUUUAGAGAGACGGUUACUCAACGUGCUGACUUUGAUUAUUUACAUAAGAAACAGUCUGGUGGUCAAGGUCAAUAUGGUAGAGUUACGGGGUAUGUAUAAGUGGAUUUCAAACCUUAGUCUUUUUUAAAGAAAUGUAUUUAUUAUCAGUUUGAGAAUAAACAUUAUGAUUAUUUUUUUCGAACAAUUGAAUUCGGGAUUGGAUCUCCCAUUUGGUUAUUAGUAAAAUCUGUGGACAUAAUCUCCUUUGCAUCUAACUAAUAUUUGCUCCUUUGAAAAUAAAGUUUAUCUCAUGAUAUUUGCUCCAGCGAAAGAGACUGUACAAUUUCCCUUGAAAUAUAUGGUGGAUAUUGUUUGAUAUCAAAUUUUAAUUUCUUUUUGCUAAUUGCCUCGUGCAGAUGAUUAGAUGCAUCAACUGGAUUUGAUUUUAUUUUUUUUCACUAUUUCGUUUCAACGGGAACUUUGUUCUGCCUGAAUCAAAACCCAUAAUUUCUGAGUUUUUUUUCUCCUUUUCUUAGAAUUUCUGAGAGAUGUUCAGAUUAACGAGCUUUGUAUAUCUUCACGGUUGUAUAAUGAGACUUAAGUUCUGUGCUAGGUAUUACAGUAUGAUGCUUUAAUUGCAAAGACCAUUGUAAGUAGCCAAGAGUCUCAAUUCACUUGGUAAUUUUUUUGGUUCUUAAUCGAGCUGAUGGGGAGGAAAUUGAAGCUCUCUCCCAAAUUGAUGAGUAGACAAAGCGCAUCACUGCUAUGCUUGAGUACCUGUGACAAAUAUCACUAUCAACUCUCAUACUUAGGUGGGGUUUCUAGAUGCCUCCCAUUAUGGCUUUAACGUCUAUUUGGACUCGACCUUUGGCCAAACAGACCUUUAACUUCCAGCAAGAUAUCAGCUGCUUAUCACGCUUGAGCUUGUCAAAGGAGUUGGCCUAGAUUGCUGUCCUGGAGAGUUCUACUUUGCAUUUACACAUUAAGUCAAGGUAGAGGAGGCAUACAUUCAUGAAGAAAUUCGUGGCUUGGCAUAAGAAGUUUGAGUCUGAACUGUAGAAUAAUCUUGAGCAAGAACCACAAGGGCUUAGUGCUCCACCAUGGUACGGUUAGGUCCCUAACAGGCCUUAUGCUAGGAGUAAGAAGGUCUGUGGGUCACAUGAGGGUUAAGUAGAAGGUAAUUAGGUAAAAGACAAAAGGGAGAGCGGGGGUAUUAGGGAUUGUUUGGUGGCAGGUGGUGUAGCCUGUCUCGACUCUGGUCUGUGGCAGAGUUCAAAUGGGAUUUUAAGAUCAUGUUGGCUUCUAUGGAUACGGGAAUGGAACCUGUGUCUUUGACAUGAAAAGAUGAUGUCCUAGCCACUGGAUGAAAGGGACAAAAAAAAUUCUUCGCAAGUGCCUGCUCCGCUCCGAGAAUAGAAAUGGUUCGCUUUGUUUCUAUACGAAAUUCGACGAUGACUUAUUAGAAGUACUGGAGAGCACCUUCCUCAAAGGAUCAGAACCAGAGAUCAGAGUAGAAGUUAGACUCCAUAAACCAUCCGACUGAGAUCAAUCAUGAAGACAUCACGAUGAGUGGAAGAGAAGAAUAGAACAAUUAGGUUCGUUAGAGACCUCAAUGACCCAGAACCAUUUAGACCCAACUUCUGUGGAGUCAAGCACGUUCAUGGGUUGUGGAAAACAUAGGAAUUUAGAUCAAAUUCUGAGCAGGACCCUUAAAUUCGGAAAGGCCACCGAACCGCUACUGGAUACAGCUACAAAAUGGAGUUCGCAAUCACCUGCUAUGGGAGUUAGCCAACCCAACAAUCGCAGUGAGGGAGUCAAGCAAUGGUUAAAUUUUACUGAGGCAGAGAUAAAGCAAAAAGGGCCAAAGGAUUAUGGUUCUCCUUUGAUGAAAAGUACGGGACCAAUACACUUGUAAAAGAGACCUGCAAAGUUCUCUUGGUGCACGAAGAUGAUUGAGAGACUGGACUAAACUUAGAAGCAGAAACAGCAGAAGAAUCGAACUGGGUGGAAUACCAGAAGGUCGGAAGUGUUGAUCUAAGGGGAUGACUCAGUAAUCUUUGAAGUCAUCUGGGAGUCUGCAGCCACAAUACAACAACAAUUUAUUGGAUUCCACCUUGAUGACAAGAGAGAUCUCGUAUGGGGGGAGUAAUGUUAGGAUCUUGAUGGGCCUUACUUAUGCCAGUAGUAAGAGGGCGUGUGGGUUAUGUGAGGGCUAAGUAAGGGGGGUAAUUAAGUAAUGACAUGCAAGGAAGAAGGGGGUUAUAAGGGUUGGUUACGGGAAGAAAAGACGGGGAUUGUUUGGUGGUAGGCAAUGGCUUGUGGGAGAGAGUUGGUCCUCCACCAUUGAUAUCUAACAUAAUAUGUGAAAGAGUCCUGGAAUAAUGACGUGGUUUUCUUAAAUAUUUUCGGGAAAUUAUGGUUCGAUGUACUAGUUUUCCUUCGAAAUUCUUCACUGGUGAAAGGUUGAUUUUGAACAGAAGAAUGACUCACAGAGAAAAUGAAGUGUUGAUUCACUUUCAACUAGUUAAUACUGAUGUAGAAAUCUACUUAAAUUUGGAUUCUCAUUUGAAAACCAUAGCUAGAUUUCUUCAGUGUUAUUAGAUUUCUUCACUGGACGACGUGCAUGUCAAUCCAAGUGGUGACGAGGUCAGAUUCUAAAAGUAGAACGACCCAGAUAGAGGGGGAAUCAAAGCAGAAGAAAUGAGAUGUGGCUACAAGAGAGGACAUACGGAUGCCACAACAAGAAAUCAGUGAACAAAGAAGGAAAGUCUUGUCUGACAGCACCAUUCCUUUGAAACAGGACAGUUCGACAGACUAUUGGAGAGGAGGCCGAGGUCAGCUACUGACAUUUGGAGGAAGUAAUCCGGAAGGAUGGAUCAGCACUUGUUUGCCGUGCAUCAUAUGGCAUAAGCAGAGAAAAUGAUGGCUGCGGGAAUGAGUUUCAAAGAAAAAGCUCUAGUCUGGGCGGACACCAAAAAUCUUUUCGUCCAAUGGUGGUACCUAAAGCAACAGUUAUUGGAGUAUUUCAGUCCAUCCCAAGUAGGAAGCCUGUGCAAGCAUUUCCUUGACAAUAAGCAACAGGGAUUGAUUCUGGAGUAUUGACGAGACUUUGAAUUAAUGUUAUACUUGAUGGAAGGGCUGAACAAAGAAAUGUUGGACUGCACAGUUAUAAAAGAGCUGAAGCAUGAGAUCAGGACGGAGGUCAAAUUCCAUGAUUCUACUGGGAUGGAGUCACUCAUGAGGGUAGUGCAGCUAGCGAGAGGGAUAAUGCACUAUGGCCAUCAAGGGACCCAACCGGUCUAAGAUUGUCAAAACUUAACUUAUAUGGCGGAGACACUGCAACGACAGUUCUCGAAGUUCCACCUUGAGGAAAAAGUGUCUCCUGCAGGGAGGGAGUAAUGAUAGGCCCUUAGUGGGCCUAGUGUACUCCAGACAGAAGGGGACCCAAAAGGGCCCAACAAAGGAACCCAACAACCCCUUCUCGUGAAGACUUUACUAUAUGGUCUUUUCCUAAAGAAGGGAAAAGGAUACUUGGCUUGGGAUCGGGCGAUGGUUGGGGGGCAUUGAGGGCUUUGAGAAGUCUAGAGGCAGCAGAGAGUCAUGGUUCUCUCAAACGACCACCCCAUCGCCAAGGGUUCCUCCGAGCCCUAAAUUUUGUGUUCUAUUUUGCCAACCUUCUAUUUCAGUGCAUCUUUAUUUUCUAUUCCGUAUUUUUGCUAUUUGCUGGAGGUUCCAGAUCGAGGGUUCUAUCAGAUUGCCUUCCAUUAUCUCUUUGCGUGGAUCAAGAUCUGCUUCAUUUGUUUCUUUAUUGAACGCAAAGCAUGCUUAUUUGGUUGUACCAGAUACAUCGAACCACUUCCAGCAGGAUCGCCGACAAAAUUUGAGUUUGAAAACAUGCUUGUUGGGCAAGCAAUUCCGUCAAAUUUCAUCCCAGCCAUUGAGAAGGGUUUCAAAGAAGCAGCCAACUCGUGAGUGCAAUGGGUUGUCAUGACAAGCUUAGAUGUUUUGAACUUUUCUGUCUAUCAUAUGAAAACCAUUUCUUUGCAGGGGUUCGCUGAUAGGGCACCCUGUUGAAAAUAUACGGGUCGUAUUGACUGAUGGGGCUUCACAUGCUGUUGAUUCCAGCGAGCUUGCAUUCAAGCUUGCAUCGAUCUAUGCGUUUAGACAGGUUGACUGAAUUCUCCCAGAUUUCUAGUACUUAAACUUGCGUCCUUUCAUUUUUAGAUGCUCUUAAUGGAGAUACAUAUACGCAUAUUGAGUGAGUAAGAAUGGUUAUUAUUAGGGGCCUUCUCAUUUGUGGGUUGUGCCAAUUCUGGUCUUGUGUCUAGCCCAGCCCGUCAACGCCUCUACUAGUUAUAUAUCUUGUCGUCCUGUUUUGUCUUUCUACUUCUCUUUCACAGAGACUAACGCUAACUCUCUUGUCCAGUGCUACUCUAUGGCGAAGCCUGUCAUAUUGGAGCCCGUCAUGCUGGUGGAGUUGAAAGUGCCCACCGAAUUCCAGGGUUCUGUUACUGGUGAUAUCAAUAAGUGCGUCAAUUUUACGACUUUCCACUCGGUGAUAUUCUUUUUUGCUUUAGAGGUUGGCCUAAUGAACUAUGCAUUUAUAUGCCUUAUAGGAGAAAAGGUUUAAUACUUGGGAACGACCAGGAUGGAGAUGACACAGUCAUCACUGCAAAUGUAGGUGCAUAGAUAGUUCUUCCUUUUCUGUAUUACCGUUUUUAAACUGCCAAUUUCUUCUGGUUAAGGCUCUUACCUUGCUGUCAUGCUCCAUCUUUGUCACUCCAGAGUCCAAAAAGGAACGGGUCAUGAGAAUGGCAGGCCUUCAUGCCUUGCCUUGGCCCUACUGUUACCUAUCCAUCCAUUCAUAGGCACUUACCAACAUAUUCAUGUCGGUGAUGUCUUUCUGACAAAUAAGACUUUCCACUCAGGCUUAUAUAAGACUGAGGGGAAUGGAAAAGGCCCUGAUCAAUAGGCUCUGGGCCAGAUUCAUAUGAAGACUGAGCAUGAUGGAGUGACAGUCCAUUGGGAAGGGAGGGGGUCCGGCCUGUGAGUUGAGAGAGGUGACAGAGGAUAUGGGAGGAAAACUUAGACCCCACCUAGUAAACACUAGGCCAAGCUGAUCCCAUCAUGCUCCCUAGCUUUCCCAGCUCGUUCAAUUCCUUCAUUUAGAUUUACUUGCAUAAAUUUGAGGCUAGAUUUCUGAGUUUUGCUCGAUUAUGAAUCUCCCAGGUUCCCCUGAACAACAUGUUUGGGUACUCAACGGCUCUUCGGUCCAUGACGCAGGUAAAAGAAAUCACUUCAUCUGCAUCAUCGUCUCUUUCCAUCUUCUCGACUUGCAGGGUCUGACACUAUUUUUGGUUGUUGGGUGAUUCAAAUCGUCAGGGGAAGGGGGAGUUCACGAUGGAAUACAAGGAGCACCUGCCCGUCUCCCAGGAUGUACAGAUGCAGCUAGUUAACUCAUACAAGGCCACUAGAGGUGGGGAUUAG